AAGAAACACUUAAUUCCCAACUUUAUUUUAAUAAUAAAUCCUCAACCCCAUCUCCUCCAAAUCCUCCCCAAUUCCCAACUCCCAAGUCCCAUCAUUCAUUUUCCUUCCAAUAGUAACCCCCACACCCAAAAAAAAAAAAUAUCUAUGUUAAUUUAAUUCCUCAACUAUCCAUAUAAAACAUAAACCCCCAUAAUAAAUAUAUCCUCCCUUAACCUUCCCCACCUUUCUAUAUACUCUCCAAUCCAUGCUCUUCCUCUUUUAUUAUUCCUUCUACUUCUCUUUCGAUCUCUGUUUCUCAUAAACUCAAUUUUCCAUUUUCAGGGUAGUAGUAGCCAUGACCCACUUGGCUCCAAUAUUCCGAACCGAAUCCGGAACCUGGUUCCAAACCAUUGGUGAACUCCAAACCAACAAUACCAUCACCAUCACCACCACCACCAACAACAACAACAACAACAAUUACAACAACAACUACUUAGAAAAAAGACAACUUUUUCUUAGAAGUUAUCAAUUUAGCAGGAAACAAAGCUUCGGUGAAAGAAUCAAGACUUCCUUGGUUCGGGUCAAGCGUCUUAUUAUGGUUCGGGUUAGGUCUGUACGUAGGCUAAGGAAACUUGUUUGGCCUGGACUUAGGUUCGCUAUUUAUAACAAGAGGAGAAGGUUGUUUAAGCUUCUUAAUCAAUAUUAUUAUUUUAAUAAUAAUAGUAAUAACACUAAAAAUAGUAGUUCUUUUAAGAAUGAAUUUAAGUAUGAGCUUUUUCAUAGAUCUAAUAUUAAUUCUACUUCUUGCUUUUGGUAGAAAUUUUAGUAGUAUUACUAUUACUAUGUAGAAAUAAUUCAUAUUAUUGGACUGACUUUUUUUUAUAAUGUUUUAAGGUUUGUUAAGAAUAUGGUUAGAUUAAUAGAUUGAGUAUGGGUAGAGUAAAUUAAAUAAGUAUGUUUUAUUUCUUUGUUUUCUUGAAUUUUUUGUAAUUAUGUUUUAUUAGGCUGUCCAUUAUUUUUUUUCUCUUUAUGCAAUUGAUUAAUUGUUUACAAUUAUUACUACUAUUUGAUGUCAAUGUUUUGUAUUAUUAGUACUUGGUAAGUUGGUAGUUUGUGUUAGACUUUGAAGAUGUGUAAUUAAGCUAUUAUGAAAUUUGAUAGAGAAUAGAAUUAUCUUCCGCAUAUAAUUUGUAUUUGGGAGAGAAUAUGAAUAAUAAGUAUGUAUAUCGGUUUCUAA